CCAAAGUCCUGGGCACUGGAGAUGCCAGGUUUGACGUGCUUGGACAUACAGAUACUCAGACACAGAGAUACGGGGGCCCAGGGCCCUCCUAUGGACCCUGCUCACUCCUCUCCCAUUGUCCACGGCUGUCCGCCCACCCCCAUUCUCCAAGCUUCAGCCCCCUUCUUAGCCCGGCAUCUGUACAGUACUGAAGAACCUGGGAGUCAGACCUUGAGACCCUGAGCAAUUCUAGUCCCAGUCAGCCCCCACAUCAACCCCAGCCCCAGCCUUGACUCAGCCCCAGGUCCAGCGCCAGCCCUAUCAUGACCAAGGAGUAUCAAGACCUUCAGCAUCUGGAUAAUGAGGAGAAUGACCAUCAUCAGCUCAGAAAAGGGCCGCCUCCUCCCCAGCCCCUCCUGCGGCGUCUCUGCUCCGGACCUCGCCUCCUCCUGCUCUCCCUGGGCCUCAGCCUCCUGCUGCUGGUGGUUGUCUGUGUGAUCGGAUCCCAAAACUCCCAGCUGCAGGAGGAGUUGCGGGCCCUGAGAGAGACUUUCAGCAACUUCACAGCGAUCACUGAGGCCCAGGUCAAGGGUCUGAGCACCCAGGGAGGCAAUGUGGGGAGAAAGAUGAAGUCCCUGGAAUCCCAGCUGGAGAAACAGCAGAAGGACUUGAGUGAAGAUCACUCCAGCCUGCUGCUCCACGUGAAGCAGUUCGUGUCUGACCUGCGGAGCCUGAGCUGUCAGGUGUUGGCGCUCCAGGGCAAUGGCUCGGAAAGUGCCUGCUGCCCGGUCAACUGGGUGGAGCACGAGCGCAGCUGCUACUGGUUCUCUCGCUCCGGGAAGGCCUGGGCCGAAGCCGACAACUACUGCCGGCUGGAGAACGCGCACCUUGUGGUAGUCACGUCCUGGGAGGAGCAGAAAUUUGUCCAGCAUCACACAGGCCCUGUGAACACCUGGAUGGGCCUCCAUGACCAAAACGGGCCCUGGAAGUGGGUGGACGGGACGGACUAUGAGACGGGCUUCAAGAACUGGAGGCCGGACCAGCCGGACGACUGGUACGGCCAUGGGCUCGGAGGAGGCGAGGACUGUGCCCACUUCACCGCCGCCGACGGCCGCUGGAACGACGACGUGUGCCAGAGGCCUUACCGCUGGGUCUGCGAGGCAGAGCUGGACAAGCCCAGCCAGGAGCCUCCUCUUCCUUAAUUUAUUUCCUCAAUGCCUAGACCUGCCAAAGGUGUCCAGGACUGGGGAUCCGCCCAUCUGGGGGCCUCUUGUGCUUUCUUGGGGCUUUGCAUCUGGGAUUUCAAGGGAAGGGGAAGGAUGGUGUCUGAGAAAUGUUGGUGAUGUUUGGACGGUGGGGAGCUUGAAACCUGGGGCGCCUUCUGCAGUUUGCAGAUUAUCAUUGUCAACUUUUUUUUUUAGAGUAAAAAGAAAUGUACCUAAA